UGCAAAUCCAAAGUUGUCCCGCUUUGUUUAUGCCUCGUGCGUGCUAGUUGUUAUCCUUCUUCCUCUUUCCUACUUUGGUUCAUUUCUUUUCCCGUGUUAGCGUAGCGGAAGUUCACAGAAGACGAAGCAGCAGCCAGACGAAAGGAAGUCCGAUAAGAAGGCCGGUGACCGGCGAAGAAUCCCUACAGCGCCAGCAACAGAAGAAGACGAAAAACCAUCGUGGUUCAGCCAGCCUUUGAUACAAUUUCCAGCCUUAAACAAACACAAUAAUCACUGCUGUCUUUGUUCGAUAAGGAUGUCACGACUGUGGACAUUGAAUCCUACGCGUAGGCGCCAUGUGGUUGCAGCAAUUGGCUCGUUCAUGAACCUGCUGAUGAUUUAUGUCAGUCUAGGAUUGGAACUAGCUCAGCUUAUUGAAGAAGCACACUCAAAUCGUAGGCGUACUAGGGAACCGACGGAUAGCAACUCAACCAGCAGUUCUGAAGAUGAAGGUGAACCCACCAUCCCUUUGAACCAAAUGAAUACCGCCAUGGUGGAGGAGGAGAUGUCCGAGAUAACCGAUGAAGGCGUGGAAGCAACAUCACGUGCAAAAAGGAAGCAAGCAACCACAGUUGCAGCUGAUUCUGUAGGAGGUCCAGCUCAAAAGAGGAAGAAAAGGCAUUCCGAUGAGCGCAGAGGCGAUUUUUCAACCGAAUUGAGAGAGAUGAGGCGGCUCAUAAAGGAAUCCGUUGAUACAAUUGCUAGAGCUAUGGGGGAGAGUGAGCUGUAUACCACUAUGAGGGCCAAUUUGAUGAAUAAUUUGAAGAAGUUGGAGGGUUUAACAACGGCACAAAGGGUUCUUGCAUGCGAGAGGCUUUGCGAGAAUCCGAGAGACUUGAGGUGUUUCUAUGAUAUGGAGGAUGAUGAGGACAGACUCAUCCUUGUGCUUGAUGUGCUCGAGAAGUGAACUCCAGUAAUGUAGCUUAGUAUGAUUAGAAUUACGCUGUUGUCUAGUUUGCAAAGAGAUGUUUCUCUUUUUUUGUCCAUCUGCCAUUGUGAAGCACACCCAAUGACAGUCUUUGCUAACCGAAGACAACCAUAUUUUGUAAAGUGUACGGUCGUAAUGUAUUAUGAAAACUAACGCUAUGGAAUUGAAUGCUUGCUGUUAAACAGUGUUUAUGUUAAUGCUCUCUUCAUUGCA